CCCUAAGGGCAAACUAUUGGCACAUAUAUUUUCAUAACGGACCCAGCUGAUGAGAUCAUCGCCUCAUCUUGCCCGCUUUGUGCGACGCGACGGCCUUGGCUUGGCGUGGUGUCGGUGUGCCGUGUCGUUCGGUGCUUGUUGUGACCGCGGCGACGCAACCAUGACAACGAUCGGCGAGCGCCGUCGCCGCGAGCGGCACUGACGACGCGAGGAACUCGGCCGCGUCGACCGCGACGUCGGGUGCACGGACGCAGCCAAACGCAUCGCGUCUUUGACAGCAGCUAGGCCUAGCAGCCUGUAGCAGUACGGCCAGUCCACGCUCCGUACCGUCGCGGACGACGGCUAGGACGACGACGGCACGUCUUCUAGCGAUGGCGUCGAGUUCGCUCAGCCAGGAGGACGUCGACCACGAGCUCGAGGUGCAGUGUUCGCGCCGUUCGCGCAUCCGAACGGCGCGAGCGGUGACGCGCACGGCUGCGCCGCUCGCGGUUCGGGACCUGUCGGCGCCCGACUGCGAGCUCGGGUCGCUGGCGCUCGAAUGCGGCGACCACGACGCGUCGCCCAAGCCUCGGGCCAAGGACAAGCGGUGCCCGCGGCCCAACCACGCCAACAAAUGCAAGGCGCAGCGAGAACGUCGAAAGCUUCGGGAGAAGCGGCGGAGCACCGGAGUGGUCCACCUGCAGUCCACCGAGAGUACGGGUGGCAGCACGGGUGAAGAGGAAGAGCUGUUGAAUAUGUCAGCCGAGACGCGCCGCAACACCAGCCUCAACGAGGCGCUGCACCAGCAGGAUGGGGCGUCCCAUGCCGUCACCUCUUCGGCAGCACCGCCAGGGGGAGCCACCGUGACAGGGCCAGCAGCCUUCCAGGAGUCGAGGCCAUUUGGCAGACCGUGCAAGUGCCGGAACAACAAGAGCCCCUCUGACCGGGAUGCCGACGACGAGGACAACCAGGAGUACGACAGUGCUGUGAACCAGUCGGACGGGGGAAACCUGAGCUCCCAGGGAACUGCGCUGGCCGCCCCGCUGCCAUCUUCCUCCUUAGCUCGAGGUGUGACCGACUGGGAAGACCCCAUGCUGGGGAACCAGGAGGCCCUGCAGAGGGCGCUUGGGGAGGCGGAGCGUGUCCAGGAGGAAGUCCGUCGGCUGGUGCAGCUACUCAAGGAGAAGGAGCUGCGCAUCCACUCACUCGAGCGGAGGGUGCUUGCCAUGGCCAAGGAGUUGAGCGAGGUGACAGCCGAGAACCGGGAACUGCGCGAGAUGAACAGCGCCCUCUUGGACGGAGUGCCGCUGGCCAUGCAGCCGCCCGCCAAGGAGUAAGACCCGCACUUACAGACAGUGGCAGCUGCUUCUGGGAAGCUCUUCGUUUCUGCAACAGAGCGCCAACAAGCAUCACACGUGCGUGUGUGCAGGCCGGCCGCGCCUGUCCAUGCGCUCUUGGCGGCAGUCGCUUUGAGGCAGCUUUUGUCGUGCGUCUGCGCUGUGGACAAUCCGGAGCCAGCAAUUGGCUGCCCAAGUAGGCCCCCUACCCAAACAGCACCCGAAGGUGGUUUCCGCAAGUGUAUCCAUUUGGCGAGACGGGCGGUCGCUCGCAGAUGCUGUUGCGCGGCGCCUAUCCGCCUCUGAUUGUAUAUGCGUGACAUUCGCAUCCAGGGCUGGGACGAUGCGACGAUUAUAUCCCGGUUUGCUUGGAAGUCAAUUGCUUUCGCUUAUUUGCCGGCAGUCCUGCCAGUCCUGAGCUGUGUCCUGCCUGCCUUGCGAGGAUUUGUGACGGUGACCCGCGAGUUUCCUACAAAAACUCUAGGGGGCACAAGUGUCUACAUGAGCUGCAAGUGUGGCAGUUCAGCCCGCAUGCGGAUGAUGGAUUUGCCUAAACGUUAUCCUUCUGGCUUCAAAAUGGCUUUUUAACCUUGCAGAUUGGCCAUUUUUCAAUAAAAUACUGCGCUGCAAUGCAACACUUACAUGCACAAGUGCAACAAUUGCAAUGAUAUUACACAUGUGCGCAGAAACUCAUUGCGUUUGUGCAUCUAGAAAAAAUUGAAUAACAGCACCAGGACAUCUGAAGGCAGAGGCAUGGCGAUUAGACAAUUCAUGUAGCAUGUAUCAUUUCCAUGGAGGCUGAAUGAGUUCCCUCUGGUAACUUUUGCAGGAAGCUUUAUGCGGAUGACGGCACUUCUGAAACGUGCUUGUUUGGACAGACUGUCAAUAAUGACUGACUGUGUGCAUGUUCUUCUGUCAGUCACUGAGGCAGCUUUCUUCGUGCAUCCUAGACUUUUUUGCUGGAGUCAGCCGGUUACGUAGGAAAGUUCCAAGCCGGGUUAGUUGGUUUUCGAUCAGCAUGACAAACGGCGUGGGCUGGGCAAGAGAAAAGUGUUGAGUCGGCGCAUCUGUCAUGCUCUUCCUCAUCUCUCUUGUCCAAUCACCUUGUGCCGUUCGUCCUGCUGCUUAUGUAGUGCCGCGCACAUGGCCAAAUCUUCGGGGAUAGCUCCCAGAUCUGAGCUUUCAUGGGUCUAGUGGACACAGGUGUUUGAGCCUUGCACGACUAUAGACUUUGCAGGAACGUCUUGGUGGGCUACUUGGGUGCAUAUCUGUUAGCAUAAUUGUAUGCGCGAAAAAACAAACAAAUCCAGGACGGGACGAGCGCUGUCUUGUGCACGUCCUGGCAGUGUGUUUUUGUGGGUUUUUUUUUUUCAGACGUUUAUGCUAGCGGACAAUGGACUUAUUGAACAUGUGGCUAUUUCUGACCAUUGCUGAUAGCAUCCAGUGUUAGGCCAGUGAUAUUCUAUUUAAGCUUCAUACCAAACCUAAUGUUUUCAACCUUCAUCAUAGGCACGAGCUACAUAAUAGAUGAUUGCACGUGGACUGAAUUGAAAGAAAAUAAUUAUAAUGCUCUAGCUUGGGGAGACUGCAAAAAAAUCUCUGGAAGACAUCGGAUAUCUCUACCAUGCUUUCAUGCAGUUAGAAGGUAACGUUUCACACUCUUCACGUUAUGCGUGAAGACUUCCAAAAGGUACAGCACAUACAGGUAAACGUUGAUAUAAGAAUGUUGUAUAGUAUGAUGCUCCACUUUCUGGUACCAGAAUUUGCUUGCUUUGAAAUACUGCAUAUUCUUGUGUAUGUGCUGCACCCAUAAAUUUGGUUGAUUAUUUCAAACAUUUUUUGCAAGUUAUUCAUGUCAGGGCCGUAGCUUGCAAAGUGUGGCGUGUUCACAAACAUCCACAAUCAUUUCACCACUGGCGCCUGCUAUGCAUUUUCCAUUCAAUUCCUCCCCCCCCCCCCCCCCCCCCCCCCGUCGUCUUUAGCAACAGCGGUGAAAUUUCAUUACACUGAAAUCGGGGAUAAACACACUUCGCUACAUCCAGGCUCAAAAUAUGUGUGUCUUCAAUCUAUGAUGCAUGUAUCUAGGACUGUUUUGAGCUCAAUCUUGAGCAGGCUUAGGGCUGUCUGAUUGCACCUGAAUUUUUUCCUGCAUGGUGUUGAGGGUAAAGCUUGGCUUGGGUUUUCGUGGAUGGUUUCAGUUCUUGCCAUUUUGCUGAAACAUACAUUGGAUAAACGUGAAUACUGAAUGAAAAUUCCAAAUUCCUACUUAAAGUAAGCUGCUCUUAAAAGCCAAAUGCAAUGAAAUUUUGGACGAAUAAAAAGCCUGGUUUCACACAGUGUAUGUAUAAAGCAGCCUCCUUGCACAAAUUUUCAUUCAAAAUAAAAGCUUGUGAAAUAGAUGUUUGGGUACUGAAACUGGAAAAAAAAAUUUUUUUAACACCGCCAUUUCUACCCACCUGAAAUGACACAGAACCCAGUACGCUGAAAACUAACACAACUCCUUCGCAUUAUUGUCAAGAUGAGGCAGCGCCCACGUCACAUUGGAAAUCACAAAGGCCAUGCUAAUAUUUUUGUCACAUCUCUUCAGCAAACGACGCGUGCGCCUGGUUGUUAGGUGCUAUUAAAGGGGCCCUGAACCAAGUUUAUUUGAAACCUCUAGAACAUCUUGGAACGAGUGUGGUACCACCCAGGAAUAUGCGGCCGAAAUAAUUUUUCAAGCAGACCUUGUACGAGCAUAGAUGCAUAGAACGCGAUGUUUCCCUUUGCCCUCAAUGUCCUCCGCUCCAAAGGAUCAUCCGGUGGUGGCGGUAGAAUGGUGUUGCCCCACUUACGGUAUUAGCACGAGCACGCUCAUUGCGGCACCCAUUGGCGGCCCCGGUAUCUACACUACGCAGCAGACACAGCUACGUGCAACUCUCGGACGGCAAGAGUACGUACUCGUGUGGACCUGCCUUGUCCUGCACGGAUAGUAGGCAAAUCCAGAUUAGACAAUUAUCAGCCCCUGUAAGUUCCCUCACAUUGUUUCAGUAGUAGGCAGUUGUAAGCUAUUUAGCCAAAGUGAAAAAUUUUGUUGCACUUGGUCUUUGAACAAAGCCAAAUUUAGAACAAUAAUCCCAAAUGUUGACUGAAAAAUGUGCGUUCUCUUUUUUUUUUCUACAGCAGAACCCCGCUGAUACAAUACCAUUGCGCAAGAUUUCCCGGCGCCAACGUUCAGGAUCGAGAACACAGAAAAUGACCCAAAAGAGUCAAGCUUAUUUUUUAACGGUUCAUUCGUUCCCGGAAAACACAAUCUUUUGGCACCAACAUUCAGUAAAUCGCCAAACUGCUAUCGUAUGAUUCAUUUUCCGGCCGCUAAAUCCCAUGUAAACAAGAAAAUGCGUGAGGCACGCACGGUGAAGAACAGUAGAUGCCCACGGCGAAAGUUUCACCGCAGUACAGACGCGCCCACCCGUGUCUCAUGAAAACGCCGGCACACACUAGUUUCCUAUUCCGCUACCAGCAAAUCUCCCGGGUCGUAGCACGCCACAUUUACAGCUAUCGCCACUAACCCUAUUGCGAUAAACAUCUUCACCUAUCUGUUUUACAGCGCGUUGGGCGUAAUGCCGUUGGAAGCGUACUGCAUGCUUUUAGUUGGCGAUAAUCCAAAUGCGCCACUGUUCCCCGACGCAGGCGGCGCUAGUUCCACGUUUCGCUACAUUGGCAUCCGGCGUUAUCCACCACAUCGAUUUUGUUUGUUUCCCAUCGCCAUCUUAAAACACUACGCAGUAGGAAAACAAGACGUCUUUGGCCGCCGGAGCCCCACCACCUCGACGCGUGUCUGCAUCUCAUACCGCAAUGAUUCGUGCAAUGCUUCGCAUUACGUAAAUCACAACUACAUAAGUAUCUCAGAUUUUUCAGUUACUUGAGAUUUUACGUUUUCCCAGUUAGUGUGUUUUAUCUCGCCUUUUUUUUCCAAAACAUGACAACGAGAUUCUACAGUGGAUGACUAUACAUGAAGUACAGCAAAUAUACAGGAAAUAGAUUUCAAAGAAAUAUAACUACGCAGAAAUGUAUGUAGUAUUUCAUGUAUGGUUGUGUAUAGGCAUCUCUGCUUUUCACUUUUUGUCUAUUUUAUUGCAGCUUUCCUCUCCACUAAAUUUUCUGUUCACCUUCAUCUUUCUCACGGCUGCGGGGACAGUUCAGGUGUCCACUGAGAAUUGAGACAGGUACGAUGCCUUUCAAUUGCUACCUCGUUUUAUCCUUCCUUUUUCAACAAACUACUACUACUACUACAACAUAAGUUGGCACUGGCUACAGCUCUGUUGCUAUGAUUGUGUGAAUCUUGCAUGGCCUGAUUGAGCUCUGGUAAUUAUAGGCACCUACCUGUUAGAGAACCUUCAUGUGCUCUGCUCAACUUCAAGCUCGGGGAUCAGCUUUGUGCCCUUCUUGUACAUACGAUUCUUACUCAAGCCACUUGAAAGUUCUUCAUGCAUGAGGAAUAGAUGGCAAUAGAAGACAAGGCGUAGUAGGCUGAUAUAGUAAAGCUGAUACAGGGUUUGUAAUGGUCCUUCAAACCCUUGAAUGGUGAAACUACCGUUUCCAAGGCCUUUAAAACUUUUAAUUUUUAUGGAAUGCAGCUUAAAGGGUCCCUCACCAGGCUUGGCCAUUUUUAACAAAUAAGCAUAGCAUGUAACAGGACAGUCAAUUUAUUCUGUCUCCUCCAAUAAUGAACUGAUUUGAAAAAUCUUCGUUUGGUAAAAUGCUUCUUAGACAGAACUUUCAACUUCCAGUGUAUAAGCAAAAUUUGCAAUGGGGCCUGGUGAGGGUCGCUUUCACGAUCACUGAAUUUUGUUUUCUGCUAAGCUUUGUAGAUUUUAUAUGCAUAACUGACCACAAGGUUUGGCCAAGACAACAGUCAAGCCAAUCCAGUUUGAUAUGCACAUGCAUGGUAGGGAAGCUAACUUUGUGCUGACUGGUGAUAGUUUAUGCAGAAAAGGCUUAGCUAGUGUUAUACUUUCUUUUCCCCUAAUUUAUUGCUUAUUAAGAGAAGUGUUUCAGUUUCAAGCUAUCAGCUGUCAUGGUGCUUUAAUCCUUGAAAAUGCCUUGUUAAGGCCUUUGAAAGACCUUGAAAACCUUGGAAUUCUUUCUGCAAAAGCUACUAUGAGCCCUGUUCACAGCUUGCUUCCAGGUUGUCUAGCCACAAAGUCUCUUCAUAUGCAAGGCAUUGUCUUGCCUCUCUUGCGCAGCAGCAUCAAAUAUUUGUGUGCCGUGUCGUGCAUAAUUUGCAGGGCAACAUCUAGCGUCGGCCCGUAUUUGCUAAGCACAGCUGGUGGCAUAACUAGUAACAUGUUUGUGCUUUGAUGUCACCUAAAGAGAUACUAACAAGAAAUAUUCCUUGAGCUGUGUUAGCAAAUUAUGCUUCCACAAUACCGAGAAAGUGACUUUUAUUGUGAAAAGGGGCUUGGCAAACGAGAAAAAGAUACAAGUACGAAAGGUGGGCGGGGAUGCCACCUUGGCAUCACCAGCUUGUCAUGGUUUGAUAGAUUUCAGUGGCACUCGCUCGGGCCUAGGUAAUUUUUUAUUCGUAAACAUGGCAUAUAUUGUACUCAACAAAAAAACGAGAGUCAACGUAUCAAGUGUCAAAAAGAUUUAAUACGCCACAGCAUCCCAAAUAUGAAUCAAUUUCUGCUCAAAAGUUUUAAAAAAGGAAUUCUAACCAUUAUUUUAUCUUCUGUAUUACCACAAGAUGAAUAAAAAUAGAGUUCUGAAAGAAUAUAUUGUCAGCAUAAACUAAUUCAGGUGUUCUUCUUGAUAGUGUCGCUUCAAGACUGGAGUGUCGCCAUUCCUCUUUAAGUAGCCCGAUGCUUUUUAGCAGUGGAGUAAUCAGCAACCAAUUUCUUGGACACAGAAGUGCAUGAGUAUUUGAGUGUUCGACUGUUUAAAAUUUUUCAGGCAGCUUUCGUUGCAUUAUUUCAGCAGCCAGAAUUGUCAAGAACAGACUGGCCUAUCUUGCAUGUGAAUACAGUUUCCGAGUGUUUUAGCAUGAUGCAACCAACCACAGCGGUCAGUUCUUUUUGGAGAGGCGCUAGAAUUUUUUUUUCCGAUGACCCAAAAGUGCAGAGGCAAAUUAGGACAUUUCCAGUGGUUGCAUCUGGUGCAUCUUUGAGCUCGUAUGCGGUGUCACUUUUUAUGAGAUGCCAUUAAUCAUUAGCCAGCAACCCACACAGCAAAGCGACAACUGGUUUGCACGCUUCCUUUAUUACUGCCUUAUUUCGACAGUCUCUCUAGAAGCAUAUGUUGCUUCUUCGUACGGCUGAUCAGCAGUUGAAAUUUGCUGUGCAGGGUUUACCAUUUGCAGUUUCGUUUUUCAUUUUCUCGCUCAUAAAUGCUCCUUCCUUGGUAAAGGUGGUACUAUGACCAGCUUGGAGCGCUAUUAGUACUUUAGCUUAACAUGAUAUAUUUGCCUCAAGUAUCCCUUAUUGAAGCUGUUCGUAGUGAUUGAACCUCACGAUUUGGUUGAUGUAGUCGGGUGUGGAAAUAAUAUCUCAGGCAGUGUAUUGAGAGCGGGGAGUUAGGAUGAGAACCUUACUUCCUUGCUUUUAAAUCGAAGCUUUCUUUGGGUCUUCCUUCGACUUUGUCACUGCUGCUGUCGCUGUCUUGCAUGCCGCUGCAAGAGGUGGUUCAUAGGGGCAUGGCAAAGAGGAAGAAAGAUGCGAGGAUUUCAUUUGGACCUUUGCACUGUGUCGCAUGUGCACAGUGCCCUCUGGAGUUUGCUGCGCAUCGACACAAUGCCCUCCCGACAGCUUUAAUUAUCCGUGACCCCCCAUGAAAGCAUUGUAGAAACUGCAGCACUUGCCUUCCUACUAACGUGACAGUCCAGAGGGGAAGUACACAGAACGAUAGAGAGGAGGUAGGGAGAGGAGGCAGAAAAUGGGUAGAACCGACGCAGUGACGGAACAAGCAAAUACAGUAGAACCCCGCUGUUACGUUCCCGGGUGCUAUGUUUUCCCGGCUGUUACGUCGUUUUCGGCCGGUCCCGGCACAGCUCCUAUAGAACCCAAUGCAUUGGUAACCCCGCUGUUACGUCGUAACUGUGGGACCGUUCCCGCAUCAUACGUUGCGAACUGCCACACCGCGCCGGCCCAAGCGGCCAUUUUGACUUUUCAUGUCGCUUGGCUUGGUUGCUUGACGAUGGGAUUGGACGCCCAAAGUGCUGGGGGCGACAUUUAUUACGUAUUUUCGGUUCCCGCCAGCAAAAGUAUGGCCUUUAGAUAGCAAAAGCGGAUAUCAAAGAUGAUAUCUAUGACGCGUUGCGGCCCUAAAAUUGGUUUUGGCUCAUAGAUGUUCCGUAUAAAGUCCAAGGGUGAUAAGGCCAUCGCCGUGCGCCGUAUGCUUUCUCUCGCGCGGAAUAUGCAGUCGUCGGCUCCCCUCACACGCUUUCACUCGCACAUACAGCAUACGUCGCCGCGCGCCGUAUGCUGUAUGCUGUAUGUGCGAGUGAAAGCGUGCGAGGGAAGCCGCGCGGCCGUAUGCUGAAUGUGCGAGUGAAAGCGUGCGAGGGGAGCCGACGACCACGUCUCGCGCGCGAAAGAAAAGCAGGGAGGAAGCGCACCUCCUUCCGUUGCGUUCGAGGCACCAGCGAGGGGGGGGGGGGAUAGCGGGCAGCGUUGUGCUCUGGCAUCAUACUGCGCAGCGGCGCGCGGUCCCGCGGGCCGUAUCUUGAAAGCGAUCUGUGAGGAGGUAGAUUCUACGCAGUGUAGGUGCGUCGGCGGCUCGUGGCUUUGUGCGUGCUGCGUGUUCUUGGCGCUCAGUUUGGGUUGAAGCGAUAGACAACAGCACGAAGGUCACUUCGCUCGCUUCUGCAGCGGCGCUUAACUGCGCGUGUCCGCGCUCAUCGAGUGUGAUGUGUUCAUGUUUGCCUGUGGGCGCUGACACCAUGUUUGUUAACUAGUUAAUAACCGAAUGUUUACAAGUUUAUACAGACAAUAAAAUACUAUUCUUACUUUGUAUAGCUCAUCGCAAUCGAUACUUCGGCUGUCGGGCAAAACUACUUUUUGUCGCACGUAAGAAUUAAAAUAAUAUUGUGUGCAGUUCAACACUACCAUUUCUCAAUUUUUCCUGUUUCCUGGCUCUUGCGUUUCCCGGCUCUUACGUUUUUUUUUUUUUUUUGCGGUCCCGUGAAAAACGUAACAGCGGGGUUCUACUGUAGUGGCGUUCACAUGAAUGCGACGGAAGCGUGUCGUAUCAACGCUACUACUAGACACGACAGCGGUUGCGGACAAACUGAAGGUACAGCACGUUUCUGCUAUUUCUGAAAAAUAAUCACCAUGCAAAUUUGUCAAGUGGACAACUGACGCUGGGCGUGCACAUGCAAACCCGCAAUAAAGCACUGUAGCAUCUAAAUGACGCUACAGAAGCAGUUCCACAUCAAAUCAACACUCCUAUGCUUGCCGCAGUAGCUUUGCGGCUAUGGCAUUGCAUGAGGUCAUGGGUUCUAUCCUGACCGCGGCAGCCACAUUUUGAUGGGGGCGACAUACAAAAACGCUCAUGCAGUUAGGUUUUGUUUAGGUACACAGAACCCUAGGAUAUCAAAAUUAAUCCGGAGUCUCCCACUACAGCGUGCCUCAUAAUCCAGUUGUGGUUUUGGCUCGUACAGCCCCAAAAUUUAAUUAAAGUUUAACACUUCUGCGAUGAUGCAAUGUGCCGUGUGAGGCAAUGACAAUGCUAACGUGCUCGGAUGUUAUUAUACAAUAGCGGACAACAAUGCCUCAAGCAAACAAGUCUAACUUUGUGUUCUGUAUGCCCGGAGACAAACAGCAGUGGUGCAUGUAGGUUCACGUUUGCAUCAGUUCACUCCCAUGUUGGACUAAAAGUUAAAUAAAUUAAACAUUCCUCGUCAACAUCACUAAUUAUCACCAAUCAAAGCAAACAGCACAGAAAGAUUCGCUUAGGUCGAUGGCCACAGUGCAUGAAAUCCACAUAAUUUUUCACCUUUGUAACUAAUUGUUUGCACUAGAAUGCUGCUUGUGAAUCACUAUUUCAUUUUACAAUCUGUAUGUCGCUGUGGACUCACACUGACAGUUUUUAAGACUUAAACCUAGGGACAUCAAGUUCUGGCUGUUUUAAUUGGUCGAGCAACUUCACUGCCUAGUUAAGAUGCAGUGGCUGUUUCGGUGUCCAGGUGCUGCUCUAAAUGCCCAUUAUUUUUGUGUGAUCUUGCCGACUUUCCAGCACGUUUAUCUACUAUGCCCCUCAAAGAUGUGACAUGUCUUGUCACAUAGCAGUGGUGUGAUUUCAAGGCAGAUGACUGCCUUGUAGCAAGGUCGGUUCCUGCUUCUAUUCAGUUGCUGGAUUGCUUUUUCCUGUGAUGAUACGGUGAAGUUCUCAGACACUGGCUAGGUCAUGGACUGUUACUUUGCCGGAAGCGAACCUGCACCUAUGUUUAUUAUUUUUCACGUGCAGAAAUGCGGUGUACAAAGAACAAAACUGCACUCUCAGUAACACUUGCACAAAUAGUUCAUGGAUGUUACUAAAUGACAUUACUGGAAGGCAAACGUGCAAACACAGACCCAGGAAAUGAACAGGCAGGACAAGCAGCGUCAAUUAGAGACUAAUUGAGCAUGAAUGUUUGCUGACUGGUUUGGUGGCUUAACAUUUCGUUACAUUGUUGUGAUUGCAAGUGUACUUGAAAGUUUCCACACAGUAUAAUUUGGUUUAGGCACAAGGACGAAGUUCGCCUUAUGAUUGUGGCUUUGCACAUCAUUAAUAGCGGUAGUGCACGCGUAAGUCAGCCCUCCGUUAUCUUGCACGAACAAGAAUUGUCAUGCCUAAACAGUGAUUUUUUGUGAGCGCCUGCACGUGCCCAUGAUUGAUAGAUUGACACUGCCUUAACUAGAGUACGCGUAGAUACCGUAUUUACUUUAUUAUAAAGCGGGGGUGCAGCUUGGGGACCCAAGAAAAGGAACCUAAGUAUGCACACUGAUAUAAGGUGAUAUAGAGUGGCUGACAGUUUAUUCAGGCUUGACAGAGAUCACCUGAAAUACCAAAUAAUCAUAAGCCCCCAGAAUAAUUGCCGCGAGUGAUGUACAAAAUUUUGCCUUGUGGCGUGACUUGACGGCGGCACAGUUUUUUUCCUUGCGGUAUGCUUUACAGCAGUGCGCGACACACUACCAUGAAGCCCCACCAUAAGACAAAAUUCGUGUUGCUGUGAUGUUGCACCUCGAACCAAAAUUUGCAUAUAACUGGCACCCAUUCUUUACUUUAAAAUUUUUCUUAUUCUUGGUGAAGGCAUAUGUACAAAAUUUGCGCUGCUGCCACCAUAUUGAAAUAGUAACUGAAUCUAUCAGCCUUGCACAUAAGGCAGGGGAUGACUUUGAGUCUAACUAUUCUGGGGGAAAAUAUACCUCAUCUUCGGUAAGUUUUGUGCCUUCCUUUUAAGCCGCUAUGGCUCUUCAGAUGAUAGUCGGUGUUUGUGUUAUCCUUGUCGUUCCUUCACGUGACCAUGUUUGCACAUCUGGCUUUUCUGUAGGAUGAAACAUGUAAAUGAACACUAUUUAUUUUUCACUUAUGGGUUGUUGUAAGGCUGAUGCACAUAACUUGAUUUAUACAAGAACGGUAUACUUUGAUGAUGAGCUGGGUUGUUUAUUCGUCUCGUGUCUAGUUGGACUGUUUCUGCAAAUAAUUCAUUUCCACCGACUCACGGAAAUGUUAACUGUCAUUAAAAUGUGUGCUUUCACAGUGGUGAGGCUAACUUUGAGAUGCAUUGUUUCCUCCUGUAUCAUGCUGGGUUGCACUUCUUUUCAUGAUGGUCUUCUUAACAUGCCAAGAUAGGAGGCAAAAAGCCAUGUGCUACAUUGUGUGCACUCGUCUUCAUCAGCUGUGUUCGACACGUAAUCGUGACUCAGGUAGCACGACCAAGCCGUGGCAGCAUUAUUUGUGAUGUUUUUUUUGUUUUUUUUACGUCGGCACUUAUUCAUGUGGCUGCUUAUUGUCAAGUUCUCCUGGUCGAUUUGGAACAUCCUGCUUUAUGGAUAAACAUACAUAUUUUGUUGAUUUAAGACAUGCUUGCAGGUUAUAUUGGCAUAAUAUAAUUGGUAUUGAUCAGGCCUCAUAAGCUGUGGAGCAAAGCAAAGCUGCCCCAAAUUCACCACUGUAAUUCACCUUUGGUCAGUGGGCACUAUGAAAAAUUUUUGUCGGUACCUCUUUGAAGUAUGUUGCUCUACCUUAGCACAGCGAAGGUUCGAAAGGAACCUGGCCUGUAAAAGGUGCCUGAAAUUGCAUGACUUGACUGCAUGUUUACGAAGUUUAAAAUUAGCUAAAAGGUUAAGGUUGGUGGUCUCCUUUUAUUCUUAUUUUUGUUCUUGCAUUUUAGUUUGGAAGGCCCUUCUAUAGCACUCACAGUGGUCUUUUGUUUUGAGUGUGUGUGUGUGUGUGUCGGUUACCUGUAUGACAUUGAUUUGCCAAUUUCUCGGACUACACUUGGUAUGCACUGUUCGUGGCGCAUCACUGCUGUUUUGUGCACGUUUAAACUUGAUGAGAGGGAACUUUCAUCAUAACGUGCGAUUCUGUGAGAGGCUAGUUCCUUCUAUUUCGCAACAGUCUGAACACGCUUCCAUCAACUGGAAGACUGAUGCUAGGCACCUCGCUCUCUUGAGUGUUGCAUACUAGAAGCGCUGUAUCAAAGUACGCAAUCCACUUUUUUCUCUGCUGUGCCUCACAUAUCGAGGUGCGUGCGCAUUUUGGUUGUGCUGAAGAACUCUGUACAGUGACUGCUUGCGACUCACUGGGAGUACAAAUGUGAGUCAUUAUUUUUGGCAGCUUAAUUAUGAAAGUCAUUGCUGCCAAAGUGUGCACAUGUGUCUGUGUGCUGUGCUCCGCUUGGAUUCUUGAGGAAUAAAGCCGUAGCAUGCCAGUAA